AUGUUAGAGGAAGGAAAUAAGAAUAGAGAUGAGAAGAGGAAGGAAGAAAAAACAAUCGCUGAUAUCAAGAUCGCAAAAAAUGCUGGAAAAUCGAAAGCGGAAGUUAUGGACAUUGGAUAUACGACCAUAGCUGGACAAGUAACCAAAGCACUGAUGGAAAAACUGUGCAAUACACUCAUUCCGGCGAAUCAUCACAAAACUGGAAUGGAACUGCUACCUUACUAA